UCGAAGGUAUAUAGGCAGUGUAAAAUGCAGUCUACCAAAAGCUGUCACGAAUUCGUUACGCCGUGUCAACGGAAAACUUACGAAUAUCAUCGAGCUAGAGUAAAAAGUGCGACAUCUGUGGUUGACGUCGUUCCGCCGAAAGUAAGACCUCACAUUAAGUUUGAUGCCAAGAAGAGGCAGCUGGAGGCUGAAAGACAAGCGAGAAUAGUCAGGGAUAAUUUCAUCCUGCUCAAGAAGCUCCAGUCAAUAAUGCACGGUAAUAACAAAAGUAAAAUACACAUGAAAUAA